AUGGAUCUGGACGGGCUAGAUUCGGGCUCGAACUCCAUCCUUGGGGGCCAGACGGGAGGAUUUGGAGGCAUUGGUGGCGGCCUGGAGGCGCUGGCGGGGAGAAGCGAGGGCGAGCACGACGCGGUGUCCAGGGCGCUCAUGGAAUUCGUGGCGUCGGAGGGAGCGGGCCCAGGUGGCCCGGAGGCAGAGGAGGAAGGAGAGAUCUGGCCGAUCCCAAUCUUCGGCGACCACGCCAUGUGCGACUCCAUGCCCCUCCUGGACCCCCUGGCCUGCCCGCGGUACGACCGCCCCGGCCUGACGCCCAUCACCUGCCCGGCGGGCCUGGCCACCAGCGAGCGCAGCAUCCAGCAGCCCUUCUCCGCGCGCUGCUUCACCAACCAGGCCCGGGCCCCCUGGCCCGACGUGCCGCCCGUCCAGAGGAACAGCAGCUCGGCGCCCAACCGGCGGGCCAAAUCCUUCGGCUCCCCCGAGGCCAUCGGUCUCUCCGACGCGGCCCUGGAACUGGGCCUGCCCGGCGGAUCCAUGCGGAUCGACGGCAUGGGCCCCGGGGAGCAGUGCCCUGACGCGUACUGGGCGCAGAUGGAGCAGGACCUCGUGUCGCCGCGCGUCGCGGAGGGGGCAUUGAGGAAACGGCCCAGUCCGUCGCUGAGCGGCGAGGGUGCGACGUCUUCACAGUCGUCGGGCACGCCGGUGGGCAGCCGAGUGCGGGGGACGAUCCAGCAGGUGUACCUGAAGCGGCGGGGGUCUGCGCGCGGGAGGGGGGUUUCGAAGCGGACACCCGCGGGGGAGAGCGCAGCCGUGCAGCAGCCCAGCGUGGGGUCGUCGGAGGUGGACGGCGUGGCGGAGGGGUCGGUGCUGGCCGACGGCGGGCCCGAGGGCCAGGCGCUGGACUCGCCGCCGAAGGAGGCCAAGGCCGGGCGCGUGAGGGGCAAGGCGGCGCAGAAGACGUCGCAGUACAACGGGGUCAGCAAGCACAGGAGGAGCGGAAGGUGGGAGGCCCACAUUUGGGUGAACGACUUCGGGCGCCAGAUCUACCUCGGAGGCUUCGACGUCCCAGAAGACGCCGCGGCUGCGUACGACAUGGUGGCCAUCAAGAGCAAGGGGCUCAAGGCAUCCACCAACUUUGACGUCGGCAGGUACCUUCCACUGUGGGACUGGCUGCAGACCGUGACCCUCCCCGAGCUGGUUACGCACAUGAGGCGGCGCAGCAAGGGCUUCUCAAGGGGCACCUCGAAGUACAGGGGCGUGACGCGCCAUCCGACAGGCCGAUGGGAGUCCCGCAUCGGCGUGCACGGCAGCCGCCACAUCUACCUUGGUCUGUACCCGGAAGAAGAAGCCGCUGCGAAGCACUACGACCGGGCGCUGGUGCGCCUGAGGGGCGUCAGCGCCGCCACCAAUUUCAGCCUUUCCGGAUACGCGAACGAGCUGUCGGAGCACAAGUGGAUGCAACAGCAGCUGGCGGCGGACCGCAAGGAGACUCUUGGGACCACGAAAUACAACAAGUGGGUGAGGCAUGGCGGCAAGGACGUGGCCAUCUUCAACUGA